AUGAUUCGACUCCUCGUAGCUGCGUUUCUUGUGUCCUCAGUGGCUUCGGAAUGUACGUACAGCGGCGGUGAUGUGAGCGCUCGUUGGCAGGUGACCGAUAAUAAAUUAACCAUCGAAUUUGUGAACAAAAAAAUUGGAAACAAUCAAUGGACAGGAAUUGGCUUCGGACCUAAUAUGGAAAAUCUUGAAGUUGUUGUCGUCAAAAUCGAGGAUAACAAACCAGUGCUGGUAACUGGUCACACGUCUGGAUAUGAAACACCAGCUUUGGAUAAGACCGCUAACGUUGCCCCAGAAUUGCUCAGCUUUAACAGUAAUCAACUCACUUUCCGAUUCACUCGACCAUUAGGUGCAAAUGGCGAGCGAAAUCAUAAUUUGGAAGAGUGCCAGCAGUGGAACUUCGUGAAAGAAGGUGUACUGGAGAAUGGCGAGAUUGGGACGCAUACGUCGAAGCCGGUGCCAGUGAAAGUGUGUCCGAAGGAAUGCAAAAAGAGCAUCAUUCACGACUAA